AAUUGGAAAAAAUCUCCCAGGCCCGCGUCCCUAGGCGCCUCCGUUUGAUGGCCCUCCUCCGAUCCAAAUCCGGCGCUCAGUCUUCCUCCUCCUGAAGAAGCUCGAUCUCCUCUUCCAUGGCUUCAAACGGUAAAGCUCCUCCUCCGCUGCGGUCACGACCUCCACCAGAUCCACCACCAUUCACGAUUCCUCCGAUACCGUUUGAAUCUCUCACUCUCACAGAGCCACCAGAGCCGCCAGACCCUCCAGAUGCGACCUUCACCUUCGUUCUUCAAGUCUUAGAUCUGGAAUCCCCUGCCUCAACCAUGGUGUUGGGUACCACGAGUGGUGUUGCUCCUGGUGUAUCCAGGAGUAGAGAACUCUCUUCCACUUCCACCGUACGUUCAACUCUUCCUUUAUGUACCUCCUUCUCCGACCUCUCUCUCCAGUCGUCUUGUGUAGAGGUUUCAAUCUUCUCAGCCUUUGAACUUGUGAGCUUGGGUCAUGUUUCAUGUUCUGAUUUGGAAAAUUUAGUGUUGUCCAUGGCCAUCCAAGUUCAAGGAUUAGAAUAUCAAUUAGAGCUUUAUUUGUCAAACUCAGCCAUAAGGGCCUUGUUGGUUUCUCUGCAAGAUAUUCGUGUGGACAUGAGUGUAUUGGUACUGUUGCUAGCUGUUCUCAAGCCUCCCUCUCUCCAGUACGCAGCAUUGCGAAGUCUUGAGGACUGGACUUUGGAUGUUGAUAUAUUGGUAGUGGUUUGUUUUGUGGAUACAGCCGUGCUCAAUGUUUACAACUCAGAUGCAUUCCACCGUCUAGCUUCAGAGUUCAGGGUUCACCUAGUCCAAAACUUACUUUCAGUGUCAGUUUACGGGGUUCACCUAGCCCAUAGAUGGUCUCAAUCGCAAGGAAAAGCCAAGGAAGCAAACAGAGUACCUUUUUUCCAUCAAGAUUAGGUCAGACAAGCACCAAGGAGCCAUCCCGACGCGGCCUGGAACAAAGACAAAUCGACAUCAGGAUUGGGAUGGGUCUUCUCGGGUUCAGGUCAGGAAACUCCAACACAUGGAUCUACGGUCGAAAGCUUCAUCAGCUCAUCCCUUAUUGCAGAGGCCAUCACGAUUCGAUCGACACUUAGCAUGGCGCUAACCUUGGAGUUCUCUACACUCAAGGUUAACGCUCGCAAGAAAGAAACAUCGGAAUUGUGAAAGGCAUCCGAGCGAUCUCCUCUGGUUUUGCAACAAUUUCUUUCUAUCAUGUUUCUAAAUCGGACAACUUUGUUGCCGAUGGUUUAGCAAAAAGGCUCUCCAAACCUUUUUCUCUUUGUAACGAACAUCAUGAUUUGGGCCAUCGUUUUGGGCUCAUCUCUUCUUCUUAGUUUUCUAAUGAAUUAUUCAGUGACAAAAAAAAAAAAAAAA